AACUACACUUCCACUCCAUACAACACACACACAGCAGCGCCACAGAAAUAAAAAACAUUUACAGAAAUGGCCUCAGCUUUUCCGGUGGUGGAUAUGGCCAAGCUCAACGGAGAAGAAAGGGCGGCGACAAUGGCGGUCAUCAAGGACGCCUGCGAGAACUGGGGCUUCUUCGAGACGGUGAACCAUGGAAUCUCGCCGGAGUUUCUGGACACGGUGGAGAGGCUGACGAAGGAUCAUUACAAGAAGUGCAUGGAGCAGAGGUUUAAGGACAUGGUGUCGACCAAAGGUCUGGAGGCUGUCCAGUCGGAGAUCAGUGACCUCGACUGGGAAACCACCUUCUUCCUCCGUCAUCUCCCCGUCUCCAACAUCGCCGACGUCCCCGACCUCGACGACAGCUACAGGAAGGUAAUGAAGGAAUUUGCAGCGCAGCUCGAGAAAUUAGCGGAGCAUCUCCUCGAUUUACUCUGCGAGAAUUUAGGUCUGGACAAAGGCUACCUGAAGAAGGCAUUCUACGGCUCCAAAGGUCCAACGUUCGGGACGAAGGUCAGUAACUAUCCACCAUGCCCGAAGCCGGACCUGAUCAAAGGCCUCCGCGCGCACACCGACGCCGGCGGCAUAAUUCUGCUCUUCCAGGACGACAAGGUCAGCGGCCUGCAGCUCCUCAAGGACGGCGCGUGGGUCGACGUGCCGCCUAUGCGCCACUCCAUCGUCGUCAACAUUGGGGACCAGCUCGAGGUGAUCACGAACGGGAAGUACAAGAGCGUGAUGCAUCGAGUGAUCGCGCAGACGGACGGCACGAGGAUGUCGAUUGCGUCGUUCUACAAUCCGGGGAGCGACGCGGUGAUCUAUCCGGCGCCGGCAUUGGUGGAGAAGGAGGACAGCAAGGGCGCUCUGUACCCAAAGUUCGUUUUCGAGGACUACAUGAAGCUGUAUGCAGGGCUCAAGUUCCAGGCCAAGGAGCCCAGGUUCGAGGCCUUUAAGAAUGUCGGACCGAUCGAUGCAACUGCUUAAGUAUAAUAUCUAUGACUGUCUUAAUCCUAUGUUUACUGCAUGUUCGUUGAGUGUUGUAUAAUAGUUUGUCCGGUUUGGAGUGGCGUGAUCAAGUAAAGGGGUAUCUGUAUCUGUAUCUGUAUCUGUAUCUGUAUCUGUGUCUGUGGGUACACUUCAAAAUAAUUGUUCUUGUGUAAUGGAAAUGGAAGCUGCUAGAGAAUGA